AUGAAGGUGCACGAACCGGGGCCCGGGGACCCCUACUCCCCGCGGCCUGGCCGGGCGCCCGGUUACCUCCGGGGUCAGAGCGCGCGCUCCCGCCGGGGCCGGGGGCGCGCCGAGGCCGUGGCGCAGGGCCCGGCCCGACUCGCGAGCGCCAGGGGCUCCGUCCCGUUGGGCCGCCGCACUCGCAUCCCUGCGCGCCCGCCGCGGCCCGCUCCCCAGGAGAACGGGGCAAAAAGACGACUAUUACCCAAUAAUAGCGCCGUGCACCGUCGCAACAAUGCGAGCGUGGGACCCGGGAGCGGGGCGCCGGGAAGCCGCGGCGCCCGGCGCGGCUCGGCGCUGCUCCUGCGCGCGAGCCCGGGCUCCCGGAGAGCACGACCGGGCCUGGCGGCCGCGAGCCCAAACCCGACCCCGCGGCCCCGCCAGGCCCGAGCCGGCCGGCCUGGUGACUCAGGGCCGGGGCCCGCUCGCCGCCCUCCGCCCACGAGUCCCCCGGCCCAUCCGCCAUUCCGCCCCGCCGCGGCGCGGGCCUCGCCCGGCGCCUGCGCUCGGCCGCCGCGGCCCCAGUCACUGCGACACCGCGGCUCCGGCCCGGCCUGCGCCGCCGCAGCCACCGCCGCUCGGCCCCUGCGGCCGCCGACACUCACCCGCGUCUCCGGGUGCCCCCAAGGCUCCGGCGACGUGUCCGCCCGCUCGCUGGGCCCGGGCCCUGUGAAACCCCGUCCCGCCAAGGUCUGGCUGCGUCCCUCAGCCGCCCGGGCUGCCCCGCCUGGAGCUGCGUGCGACACGGCGCCCGCCUCCGCCUCCUCCCCUGCCCGCCCGCCGGCCCUCCUCCCGCCGCUGCCGCCGCCGCCGCCUGCACCACGCAACCUCCGCCCUCUCGCCUUCCCUGCGCGGCUCCCCGCCCUCCCGGCCUCACCGGCUCCGGCGACCGCGGGGAGAAGCCGUGGGGGAGGGCCGGGCCGCACCGCCAUCGGCGCCUGGGGCGGGGGAGCCGGGAAACCGCCGCCGCCAUCGCCCCGCUCGCCCGAGGCGCGGGAGGGGCCCGGAAACCUCCCGCCCGCCCGCCGCGGCCGGCGGCCCGGCCGGCCCUCGGCGGCGGCCCCGCUCGCGGGGUGCUGUCUACCUGCGAGCCGCGGCCCCUGCCCGGGCGCCCAGCCGUCCGCGCGGCGCGCCGGAUCCGCCGCCGGGUUUUGCAGCCGCCCCCGCCGCGGGGCCGCCUCCGGAGGCCGGUUCCCGCCACUUCGGACCUCCGAGGGGCUGACCUUGGGCGGGGGGCUCCGGCGCCUGGAGAGACUUCCCGAAGGAGAGGGGCUUCCGCCGCCCUGCGCGCACACGGCCCGAGCCGGCACGGGACGCAGCUGCACCCGGCGACAGACCCCGGCCCAGAUAAGAAAGCCGGAGAGCUGCAGGGUGACUGAGACAGGAAGUAGGGGUGGCUCCGACUCUGCACAGAGCUGGACCUACACCCCCACCGUCCUGCCCCGGAGACUGUGCUGCUGCAGGUGAGAGGUUCCCAGCUCUGCCCUCAGUAGAUGCAAGGAAGAGCCUGCCCCGGGAACAAGAUGGACUCAGGCAGCCCAGCCUGUGCCCAAGACAGGGUGCUUCACCUGGGCUCCGGGAUGCCUGCCUCUAGACUCCUUGUCUGUCAUCUGGUCUUCUGCAGAGCAAAAGGUUUUGAUCGGACAGUGAUCAAAUCCUCAGUCUUUCCCGUUAUGUAUUGUGCUCUUGCUGCCGAAGCUGAGAACUCUUCACCCAGUCCCAGGUCCCAGAAAUUUUCUCCUGUGGUCUUUCUAAACAUGUUUUUGUUUUAUGUUAUACUUUUGACUGUGGGAACUAUUUUGAGUUCAUUUUUGUGUGGAGUGUGAGGUUCAAGGUAAAGCUCAUUUGCCCCUGGACAGCCAACUGCUCCAGCAACAGAUGUUGACAAAGCUAUCCUUCUUCUGUUGGAUUCUUUUUGUAACUUUGUCAAAAAAUUGUGGAUCAUAUUUGUGGGCUACUAUUUCUGGAUUUUCUAUUCUAUUCUAUUGGUCCAUAUGUCGAGAUCCUAGGAAUCUUGAGGGCCAGAUAUAUGUCUUCAUUUCAACUGUGUCUUUGGCAUAUUACCUUGUAAACAGUAGUUAACUGAU